AUGUCCAGCUACCAGACCUAUGGCGAUGCCAGCACGGAAACAAAUGCGGCAACAAGCAAUACGCAAUCAAGUACCACCACUUCCGACAUUACCAGCACUACCGAUAGUACUAGCUUCCAACCUUCGACAACAGGGGCAACGACCACAAUUUACCACAUUCUCCCUUCGUCGACCUCUUACGCCUCUCAAGCUUCCCAGACAUCCCACACUACCGUUAUCGAUUACAAGUAUGAAAGGCUCUCAAAUUGGACCGGCAACGUCACGCUUGACACCCUGGGAUGGGAUACGGUAGCCAACGCCCCGUUCGGGGACUUGUGCGAUGAUGGUAACUGCCUCGAGACGUGUCAAAACUACACCCAGGUGUUUCAGUCGACAUACGACAUCAAACAAGAAUCGAAUGUCACGCUUUUUGGUAUCUGUACCAAUUUAGGGACGAUCUAUGGUGAUAUGUACCAAGCCAAUAGCUCGGUCUUGCAGAAUGUGUCUUCCUAUUUUCCACUGGGUGACCAGAGUCAAGAUGUGGUGAAUCAAGUGGCCGCAGAUUUAUCAAGCUGCCUCGCUGACUCAUGCGACGCAUCUCGUGAUCCGCAGCACUGCAAUACUUCCUGCUCUUUGUCCGUUCUUAACUAUGGAAAUACGACGAUCAACAUGAAUGCUGUGAGUUUAUGCAUUGAUGAUCUUUGCAAAGACACAUACGGGCUUCCAUAUGCGGAUCAAGAUGUGUAUGGAAUUGGCAUCCUGAUCUCAUAUGUCAUGCAGGCAAUCAUGGGCAUCAUGCUGGCACUUUUUAUUAUCUUUCUAGCUAUCCGGCGCACCUGGAUAACAAAAAAGAAAGACGAUGACCGAUAUGUCAAUUCCAAUUUCCGAAAAUUCAUCAAGAACUUUCUAGCCGCCCAAUGCUACUUUGGAAUAUCUCUACAAGCCGCCGCUCUAUACUCAAGACCAAGGAGCGUCAACCCUUUGAACGGAUACGCCACAAUGACAGUCGCAGUGACCGGAUUUCUUCCAACUGUCUUCACGCUCAUGUUACUACGUUACUAUGGAGCCAAAUCUCGGUAUUUGAGCCUGCUAGCCUUUUUGUCUUGGCUUCUCGCAACCGUCGUUUUCUUCGAACUAGAAUCAAAUUUGAACGACUUCAAAUCCGGGGCCAAGAUGCAAGACUCGAGUCUUCGUCAGCUUUAUGAUAUCCCUACUUGUGGGGGCUCCUCGGCUUUGGCAGUCUGUUCUGAGACACUUGGAUCUUCUCCUUUGGACUAUCUCUCCGGCUACUACAACAAUGCCCCGGGGCUUGUAAGCCUGAGAAAUACCAAUAUUCUCUGGGUCUGGAGUACCUUAUGUCUGGUCCUUUGCCUUAUCAGUCAGCUUUCCUUUGGAAAUCAUAAACGGCAUCCACCACGGAGUGAAAGAAAACGCGAAAACAUCUUGAAGAAAUUGCAGUCGACAUUCUCUCAUAUGAAAAUGACGGCUCUAACAAUAGCUUCAUCGAUAUUCACAAUCUGUUUUGUCUACCAAGCUUUGAUGGUGUGGAGGUAUCAGCAGAUGGGUGUUAUUGAUUGGACAGGGUGGACCUUCGGACAAAUCAUGGCUGUGGCUACUUGGAUUCCCUCUAUACUUGAGUAUCUGGAAAAUGAACUUGCUCAUGCGUGGAAGAAACGUCAAGAAGCGAGUGAUCUUCCUGGUGAGAAGGAUUCCUCGAAAAUCACUUUAAUUCCACCCCCGUCUCCCGAUUCGCCUGAACGAUCAUCGCUAGACUAUGAGCUCGAUUUGGAAAGUCGUGGAGGCCAUGAUACUGGAGACGAUUGCCAUCGUCUUGAAAUACGGUUCUUCAGUCAAAAAACAGAGUAUAAUCAUGGCCUCUGA